CUGUUUAAUUAAUCAUUAAACCAUUAUAUCUAUUUUAAUUAACAAAACCACGGCAUUCUGCGUUUUUUUUUUCAGCAACAAAAUUCACACCAAAAUUACACAUAAUUAUUACACCACAUACAAAUCAUUCGAAAUGAAAGCAAAAUGAAAAUCCCCCUUCUUUUUCUUCUCCUUAUUCUUCUUCCCUCUUCCUCCCACACGCGGAGAUUCCUCUAUAAAAGUCUUCAGAUUCACUUGCACAGCAUCCUAUUCAAAUAACGUUAUUACACUGUCUUUUCCAAGGGUAUCUAGAUAAAUAUUCGUAUAUAAAUUAUUUUCUGGUUAAGAGUGCCAUUGUUUUUCCAUAGUGUACUUGAUGAUUGCGAAUUGUGAAUAAAGUGUGAAUAUAAACUGUAUUGUUUCCAAGGGGCACUGGAUGGUAAAUUGUGAAUGAACUGUGAAUGAAUCGUGAAUGAUGAGCUUUAAGAUCAAGGCGGUGUUGUGCUGCCUAAUAGCCGCGUCACAGGCGGCCAUAGGCCCAGGACAAAACGCCUAUUUGCCGCCCAAAGAAGGCUAUGACUAUCCCAAACCGCCUACUCCGUUUACCACGAGACCGACCUACAGACCCCCGUCGCCAGGUCCACCGAAACCUACGCCUACCUACGGACCGCCCGUAGGACCGCCUAGACCACCGGGACCGCCUAGCCCGCCUAGGCCGGCUCCUCCGCCGACCUUUAGACCGCCUAAGCCUACUUUUGGACCGCCUGCGCCUACUUAUGGACCACCGAAACCUACUUUUGGACCACCAGCGCCUACGUACGGACCGCCUGCACCUACUUACGGACCGCCGGCACCCAGACCACCCGGUCCGAGACCUCCUGGUCCGAGACCUCCUGGUCCCAUCGAGCCUGGGAAGCCUAUUCCUGGAAACGGAGAAAACGACCAUCUUCUGUUGCCGCACAAACCUGCGGAGCCUUUUAAGUUCAACUACGAGGUGAAGGAGCCAGCGUACGGAAACGAGUAUUCCCAUAACGCGAUUAAUGAUGGAGACGAAACGAACGGGGUGUACCGGGUCCAAUUGCCCGACGGUAGGACCCAGGUGGUCCAAUACAAGGCCAAUUGGGCCACCGGAUUCCACGCUAAGAUAAGUUACGAAGGCUCGCCUACGUAUCCUCAAGGACCAAGUGGAAGACCUGGACCUGGACCUGGUUAUCCCAGCGGAAGACCUUCUCCUGGACCUAGCCCCGGACCUGGACCGACUCCCGGAUAUCCCAGUGGAAGACCCGCUCCGGGGCCUGGUUAUCCGAGCGGCAGACCUUCUCUUCCUGGUCCUGGACCUGGUUACCCAAGCGGCAGACCUUCUCCUAGUCCAGGUUUUCCUAGCGGCAGGCCUUCUUUCCCAAGUCCAGCUCCUAGUCCAGGACCUGGUUACCCAAGCGGUAGACCUUCUUACCCAAGUCCUGCGCCUAGUCCAGGACCUGGUUACCCAAGCGGCAGACCUUCUCCUAGUCCAGGUUAUCCUAGCGGCAGGCCUUCUUUCCCAAGUCCAGCUCCUAGUCCAGGACCUGGUUAUCCAAGCGGUAGACCUUCUUACCCAAGUCCUGCGCCUAGUCCAGGACCUGGUUAUCCAAGUGGCAGACCUUCUUUUCCAAGUCCAGCUCCUAGUCCAGGACCUGGUUAUCCAAGCGGCAGACCUUCUUUUCCAAGUCCUGCGCCUAGUCCAGGACCUGGUUAUCCAAGUGGCAGACCUUCUUUUCCAAGUCCAGCUCCUAGUCCAGGACCUGGUUAUCCUAGUGGAAGACCUUCUUUCCCAAGUCCAGCUCCUAGUCCAGGACCUGGUUAUCCCAGCGGCAGACCUUCUUACCCCAGUCCUGCUCCUAGUCCAGGACCUGGUUAUCCAAGCGGUAAGCCUUCCUUCCCAAGGCCCGGACCUAGUCCAGGUUAUCCCAGUGGUAGACCAUCAUUUCCCAGUCCUGCGCCUGGACCGAGACCUGGUUAUCCAAGCGGUAAACCGUCUUUCCCCAGCCCCGGACCGACUCCUGGAUACCCCAGCGGUAGACCUUCUUUUCCAGGACCCAGCCCGACGCCAGGUUAUCCCAGCGGUAGACCUUCAUAUCCAGCUUCUGGAAAGCCUGGACCGGCGUAUUUGCCACCUGACAAGGGUCAAAAAUACGCACCGGACGGCGGAUACGCGUACUAG